GUCGACGCCAUUUUGUUUCAAGUGAGAAACGCUGUUCAUCACGCUCUGUGCACAAAAAUCUGGUGAGUGUGUGCGGAUAGAAGGAGAUUUGUGAUAAUUCUUUCACCGUUGCAGUCUCACUGGCUGAAAACAUGUCAGACACUUCGACGGGAGAUGUGGGGUCUGUAGAGCCUGGCGUUCGUAAAAUAUCCGAGCUGAGAGUCAUCGAUUUGAAGGCCGAGCUGAAGCGCCGAAACCUCGACAUCAGCGGCAAUAAAAGCCUGCUUUCAGAGAGACUUAAAAAGGCAAUUGAAGAAGAGGGGGGAAAUCCAGAUGAGAUUGUUGUACAUCUUGACAUAACUCCUAAGAAAACACCACGUCGAACUCCAAAAGGAAAGAGACAAGAUGACC